AUGGAGUGUCGCUUCUGCUUUUGUGCGGGUGAGGUUGGGGAGGCGGGUAGGUUUAAAGCCUGCGGCCGCUGCGCUGCAAGGGUGGUUCCCUUCUGUGAGGAGCUGGUGCGUCAAGUUGAUGGCGUAUUAGCAAACCAAAGUUGGAGUGUGGAGGUUGUCACUGAUGAAAAAGACUGGCUUUUAGCCUUGGCUUCAGCCGUGAAGGAAGCCGAGUUGUCUGACGAGGGUAGACGUGCCAUAGUGUUUGCCCUGCGCUGCCGAAAGGGAGAUAUCACCACCUUUACAUUCAUGGACCGAAUGUCUGUCCUUGCCGCUGCUAGUGCAGCAGUUGCUCGUCUCCUGACCUCACCUAAGAGAGCUAAGCCUUCAGUGAAACAGAACCAAUAA